AUGGCUGUAUCCAAGUCCGACAAACCUUUACCCACCGUUCUCAUCACCGGAUGUAGUGAUGGCGGCAUCGGGUCAGCGCUGGCAGAGGCCUUUCAUGACAGGGGAUUUCAUGUCUUCGCAACCGCCCGUUCACUUCCAAAGAUGGCGCACCUGGAGGAACUGAAGAAUAAAACACUCUUAGAGCUGGAUGUAGAGUCUCAGUCCAGUAUCGACGCCGCACUGGAAGCCGUGGUCAAGCAUACGGGCGGCGAAGGGAAACUGGACUACUUGGUCAACAACGCCGGGCUAAAUCUAAACUAUCCAGCUCUUGAUACGGAUCUUGCGUACGCGAAGAAGAUGUUCGAUGUCAAUUUCUGGGCGAUGGUGCAUGUCACGCAUACUUUCAUGCCAUUGCUGAUUGCGUCCAAGGGGACGCUGGUGAACAAUGCUUCACUCGCGGGAGUGUUGCAUGUACCAUGGGGGUCAUUUUACAAUGCUUCAAAAGCUGCUGUGCGGAUGUACAGCGAAGUACUUCGCCUUGAGGUUGCGCCGCUGGGGGUGAAGGUUAUAACCAUCAUGACUGGAAUCGUGGCGACGAACAUGUUUUCGAAUUCCCCCCAGGAUGCUUUACCUGAGAACUCGUAUUACAAGGUCGCCAAUGACGAUAUCGCAGUGUUGGCAAGCGGCGAGAAAUUUGUCGGCACAGCGAUGCCCCCGGCUGUGUAUGCGAAGGGCGUUGUUGAUGAUGUGCUCGGUGGUCAUAGUGGAAUGACCUGGAGGGGGAAAAUCGCAUCAAUGGGAUGGUUUAUUCAUUCCUACUUUCCCACAUGGCUGACGGAUCGUGGAGUUGGUUUCGGUUCAGGCCUGGAGAAGCUGUGA